AGAAAGUUUGGCUCCGUCGGGUAGCCGUAGGCGUCAGGUGACCGCCCUGGGGCAGAGUCCACGUGAUCCGCUGACACUUGGGUCGGCUCGCUCCGGACUUGCAGACAUGGCCGCAUCCCGUCAGUUGCCCCGAUUUUGGGAAUGGGGUAAAAACAUCGUUUGCGUGGGAAGGAACUACGCGGAUCACGUGAAGGAGAUGAAGAGCUCGGUGCUCAGCGAGCCGGUGAUCUUCCUGAAGCCUUCCACUGCCUACGCCCCAGAGGGUACCCCGAUCCUGAUGCCCCCUCACAGCCGCAGCCUGCACCACGAGCUGGAGCUGGCGGUGGUGAUGGGCAAGCGGGCCUGCGCCGUGUCCGAGGCGGAGGCCUUGGCCUUCGUGGCCGGCUACGCCCUGUGCCUGGACAUGACCGCCAGGGACGUGCAGGACGAGUGCAAGAAGAAGGGGCUGCCCUGGACCCUGGCCAAGGGCUUCACUUCCUCGUGCCCGGUCAGCAAGUUCGUGCCCAAGGAGAAGAUCCCGGACCCUCACAAGCUUAGGCUCUGGCUCAAGGUCAACGGCCAGCUGAGACAGGAGGGAGAAACGUCGGACAUGAUCUUCUCCAUCCCUUUCAUAAUCAGUUACGUCUCCAAGAUAAUGACGUUGGAAGAAGGGGACAUUAUUUUGACUGGGACUCCGAAAGGAGUUGGGCCUGUCCAAGAAAAUGAUGAGAUACAGGCUGGAAUAGAUGGCAUUGUCAGUAUGAGCUUUAAAGUGGAAAAACCAAAGCAUUGAGAGGUUCCGCCUAUUGCUUUAGGUCCCAAGCUGCCAAAUCUUGAUGAACGGAUUCACUUUUUUAAUGAAUUUCGAUAAGUGAGGGGGAGAUAGGGGGAGACUGAUGAAAUAGAGUAAUUUGAUUGGAUGUGAGUACCUGCGAAAGCCAAACGUUGUCAGCAGGGAUCUGUGUUUUUCUGCAAGCUGAGUUACUGUUUCCGAAUAAGAUUUCCCUUCCCGCCCUCCCCCUCCCCUCCCCCCGGAUCAUUUUGUAAUUUCUGCCUUAUGUAGGCACUGAAAUAUAAAAGAUUUUGAGAAUCAUACUUCAAAUUGUCAGAAUUGUAUGUAGUCAUUGAUGAUUUUUAGAGUUGUGAAGGAAUCUAAAGAAUCAUCCAACCUUCUUAUUCUUAGUUUGAUUUAGUGUGUGGAAGUGCCCUUUGAGAUUGACAUGUUUUUUGUGAGGGCAGUGUUGACACAGACAUCAUAAAAAUAAUUGUACCCUGUGGAGCCAACCAUACUUCCUUCUUGCAGUGACCUUGUGACUAACUGCAUGAAUUUGCAACAGAACUUUUAUAGUAUUGACUUUUUGUUACUAGCUUCCUUAGUACUAUAUUUUUAACACUAACUUAGUGGGCCAGUUGUCAUAGUAUCUUCCCUUUCCCAACAGCAAGAGAGAAGAUCUGAAGAGAAGCUGCACUUACAAGAGCUGCUUUGGCUAUUUACUGUUUCAUUCUUUGAAUGCAUGUAGGGAGACCUACUUCAGGGGAUAUGUACAUAUGGCUGGGUUUUAAAUGGUAGAAUUUUAAUGAAUUAGGCUCCAAACUGAAUAACUGGAGCAGCACCAAGCAAGUAUAGAGAAAGGUUUAAAAAAAAAAAGUUGUGGUUUAAUUAAUCACUUUCAAGUGAAGACUGCAGUUUGCAGACUGGAAGCUCUCCUGGACAGGGGGCCUUGUCUGUUACAGUAAAUGCAAAGAUUUUAUACACAAGCCACAAGGGAGGUUGAUCAUGGAUUACAAUAGUCAUUUUCAGGGCCUAUGUGGUUUUCCAGGGCAAGCCCUUGAGUGUAGCACGAUAUGUUCUCCAGUCCUGUAGGAAUAGUUCUUAAGUGAUUGUUUCAAAUUUCUGGGGUGGGUUGUUGGUGUGAAGGAACCCGAGUUCUGUGAGGGGAACAGCAUUGUCAAGAACUGAUCAUUUCAAGCUGCAUUAUCCAAGUCGGAAUCUGCUGAUAGCUCUGAAAAAUCUAGAUUAUUACUAUAUUCAUUGAAUAUAAUUCAUUUAUGAAUAAUUAUAAUUAUGAAAAUCAAUUUUUUCACAUCCCUCAUGAGUUUUCAGACUUCCCCGGUUAACAAGAAAAAAAAGUUUUCAUGUGUGUAAGCUAUUAAAGCUUCUGUAAGAUGACAAAUCAAAAAACAUUUAUUGACUGAAUGAAAAAGACAGAAAUCUGACUUGUAAGUUGUUGACUGGUUAAAAAAUCUUUUAGAAUUCUUGUGAUACUUAUUAAUACUUUUGGAGAAAUGCCAUAUAUAAAUGUUAUAUUAAAAUAUAUUUUAUUUCAAA